CCCUCCCUCCCUCUUCUCUCUCUCUCUCUCUCUCCAUCCAUUUUAUUGAGAGAGAGUGUGUGUGUAUGUGUUUUGGGGGGCCUGUGCCAUCUGCAAGCCCAGUGGAUCUGUGAUAUGCACACAAAACUAAGUUUGAUAACAAAACAGCACCGCCGCGCUUUAGUUUCGGAUUCUUUCUGAGCGCACAAGGCGUUCCGCGAAUGUUUCCCUCUGCGCUUUGAGUAGCUUUUGGUUUUUUUAUUUACUCUUUUCCCUCUCGCUCUCCGAAAUCUACGGGAUAUGUCGAGAGGCGGAGGCGUUUCUUCUUCCACCCAAAGCCUCCCCAACUCGGGACCCCUCUGACGCGCGAUGACAUGAAGGAAUCAGAGACUGGGAGUGAAUGAUGAACUGGGCCUACACUGGUCAUCACUUGUGAUUUAGCCUGAGCAGGAACACACUUGUGGACGUCUCUGUAGUUCCAAAUAGGAGCACGACUUCACUGUAUUUUUCUGCUGAACUGAUCUCUAACGAGCCACCGUGCCUUUAGGCAGCACAGUGGGCUGGCCUGCUGUCAGACAUUCUCUUUUGCCACCUGGGAAAAAUUAUUGCCAUCAUGCAGACCUCAUCACUCCGCCGCCAGAUGAAAAACAUGGUCAACAACUACACAGAGGCCGAGAUCAAGGUCCGAGAGGCCACCUCCAACGAUCCCUGGGGUCCACCCAGCUCGCUCAUGUCUGAGAUAGCAGACCUGACCUUCAACGUGGUGGCGUUCACCGAGGUUAUGGGUAUGAUCUGGAAGCGGCUCAACGACCACGGUAAAAACUGGCGGCACGUUUAUAAGGCGCUGACCCUGGUGGACUACCUGAUCAAAACAGGCUCUGAGCGCGUGGCCCAGGAGUGCAGGGAGAACAUACACACCAUCCAGACACUGAGAGAUUUCCAGUACAUAGAUCGAGAUGGACGUGACCAGGGUGUUAAUGUCCGGGAGAAGGCCAAGCACCUGGUGGCUCUGCUUAGGGACGAGGAGAAGCUGAAGAAGGAGAGGACUCAGGCGCUGAAGACCAAAACGCGCAUGGCGGGGGUCACUAGUGGCUUAGGCUCUGGAUCCCUGCCUCCUCCAUACCCAGGUCGUCAUACUGGUCAGUUGCGGCACUACGGGGAUGAAUUUGGCACAUGCAGAAGCUCACCAUCCUCCCUUCACUCCACCUCUUCCUCUCCUCAACUUGCUCCAGACCUGGAGCAAGCUCGGCCUGCGACCAGCGGAGAAGAGGAGCUGCAGCUGCAGCUGGCCCUGGCUAUGAGCCGAGAAGAAAGUGAAAAGCCACCUCCUACAGUGGACAUUGAUGAACACACCCAGCUCCAGAUCGCUUUGAAUCUCAGCAAGGAGGAGGCCCAGAAGACAGUCCAGUGCGCACCUGCCACCGUGGAUAUGGAUGAGGAAAGCCAGCUCCAGUUAGCCCUGAGCCUGAGCAAGGAGGAGCACCAGCAGGAGCAACUCAGCCGCCAAGGAGACGAGACGAUGCUACAGAAAGCUUUGGAGGAGAGCAAACGUGAGAUGGAGUCUAAAGGCGGGACCUCCUUCAUGGACUUGGUAGAUGUUUUUGCGGUGCCCUCAGGCCCACCUCCUAGUACUCACCGAUGGAAUAAUGCCCCACACCAGGCAGCUGCUCAUGUGGGGGGCACAGACCCCUGGGACUCUCUGGAAGGCAGCACCAGCACCUCAAGAGUAGAUUCUCCCUGGAUGGCACAGCCAACUUCCAGCAGCCCCCCUCCUCCAUGGGAGCCCCCAGCUGACCCCUGGGAUGGCCAGCAGAAAAAUGUCUCCAACCUCAAUGCUACAGGAGGAGAAUGGGCCUUCCCUGCCCACACAGCCUCCUCAGGAGUAGAUCCAUUCUCAGUACCAUCAGAGAGAACAGCACCCAAGGGAACUUCUCCCCGAACUGGAAGCCCUUCAGAUGGUGACCUGUUUGAUGAGGCCAUGGAUGGAGGACAGCUGAAUGUAAAUGGGCAACGGGAGGACAGUCCUGAGCUAUUUGACCUGUCACGUCUUGGAGAAAGUCUGGCUGACCCCAGCCCUCGUAAAUGCCGGACACCUGAGGCCUUUCUGGGCCCCGCAGCAGCUUCCUUGGUAAACCUGGAAAGCUUGAUCCCAUCAAAUCCUCCAGCCAAGACAACAAAUCCUUUUCUAUCAGGCUUGAGUGCUCCUUCAGCCACCAAUCCUUUCCAAACUGAGCCGCCCAAACUAACUCUGAAUCAACUGGGCUCCACCUCUUCAGCUACCCACGCAGCUUCUCUUCCAUACAGUGCAUCCUUGCCCCUGCCUAUGAGCCACCAGCCUGCCAGCCUCCCUUCGUCACUUACUCACCCCACCCAGCCUCGUCUGGACCUUCCAGGGAACCUCCCUGAGCCCUUGUUACCCUUGUCUUCAGUCAGCGCUGAGGGAUCGCAGGCUGCACAGAACAAUCAAAACCCUUUCUUAUGAGGACCAGUAAAACUGGAAAAAAGGGGGAAUUCCAUUAGGUUAUUCCCUUGAAAUAUAACUCUAAUCGCAGACCAAACUGCAGCCACAAGGACUUGUGUGAAAACCCUAUUCUUAGUUGUUUUUUACAUUGUGGUAUAAUACAGUAAUCUUAGAUUGAUGCAAGCUGGUUCUGUUCUUCACUGCAACUAUUGCUCUUGUUUCUCUUGCCUUGAAUGCAAUCACAGGGUAUAAAGGUUAACACCUUUCUAUCAGAAACUAUUAGUGUCAUGUAAAAUUUCUUUAAGGCCAUAGCUUAUUGCAAAUUGACUUGAGAAACAAAUGUACACAAAAGCACAGUUUGAUAAUAUUUUGUCACUUCAAUUUGCCAUAAUUACCAACUAUUACAGCUUUUCAUGUCGUCAAAGGUUCUUCUGCUUACUUAGCUGUUUGUGUGAUUGGCUUAGCCAGCCAUUGCUGCUGUCAUAUACUACGACUCCACAGAACAAUGGAUUUCUGUUAAGAGACAAGAGUUGGAGACCUGUCCAGAUCUUGAAACGUUGCUGUAUGAACACAUCUAAUUUUGUGGGACUUCUGUUGGACCAGGCCUGAUGAGAAAUAUUGGUAUAUACUUGAUUUUACUGUAGUGAAAUGAAUUUCUGGGCUUAACUGAAUGAAAAUAUAGUUUGGGAGGACAGUAAGUGCUUCUGAAUUUACUAUAAGCAAGGAAACAUUAGAAGUGUAUGAAUUGUGAGUUUUAUUCAUUGCUUGUGAACCACUGACUCUCAUGAAAUAUAAGGGUAUGAUUAGAACAGUG